AUGCUCAAGUCGGACGAGGAUGACAGUGAGCGUGAGGAUGCCGAUGAAACUCGAUCAGUUGCGAGCAAGACAAGUCGAGCAUCUAAACGCUCGCGCAAGGCUUCUCAAGGAAAGAAAGUUAAGCUCAUAGAAGACGAGAAAACAGCCCUCGGAAGAGUAUGUGUAGAUAUCCAACAUUCUCGAUAUGUUAGCGUUCAAGUGAAAUUUUCCGUGUAUAUGACUUACUUCCACUCUAUGGGUAUCAUACGUUAUUUUGUUCCGUUUGCGAUAGCAUUAUCGCUGAACUCGACGCUUAUCGUGGCCAGAAGUUUUUGGCUCACUGAUUGGUCCAACGACAACACCCCCGGUGCAGAUGCGAGCUUAGCUAAACCCUUAGGUGUACGCCUAGGAGUUUACGCUGUUCUUGGAUUCUCAGAAGUCGUUUUCCUAUAUCUGGCUCUGACUACAUUGAUUCUUGGCGGAGUGGCCGCAUCUCUGAAGCUUCACAAACCAUUAUUUCAUAAUGUUCUGCGUAGUCCACUUUCAUACUUCGACGUCACACCACUGGGACGCUUUCUAAAUCGUCUUGGAAAGGUUUAUCUGUUAUUCCCUUUUGACUUCGAUAUCGACGCCGGUUUCAUGUACAGCCGCAUUCAGGACAUGGAGACUGUGGAUCUUCGUCUUUCAUCAAAUUUUAGAUUUCUGGCUAUGGCUUUCAUGAAUGUCCUUCAGAAGAAUAUCCAGCGAGGCAAUGCUUUUCUUCAGACAUGCAUCAUAAUCUCAAUUUCGGUUCCGCUCUUUAUUAUAGUCAUCAUACCUAUCUUCAUAAUAUACAUUUUCAUUUUGGUAAGAUGACG